AGUGCCGCAAAAAGUCAACGUGUUUGAACAAUUUCCUACUUACUACUUAUGAUUCUGCAAAUUAGUAUUUUUGUUGUAUUUUAAAUGGAUUUGCCCUGUCCAGAGUGGGUUCGGCAUGUUGAGCAGAAGUGGACGGAACUGAGUUCUGAAGGAAGGGAGCGCUUCAAUCUGCUGACAGAUAUAGAUGAGAUAUUCCACAGCGGACUGUCACUAAUACAGUCAGUCCCAGAAGAUCUCACCAUUUUGUCCCGGAUCUCUAAAAAGUACUCUGUGAAAAAGUGUCCUGAUCUUGCAUCUGAGUGUAGACAGCAAGGUAACCUCAGUUUUAAGGUUAAGGAUUACACAGCUGCUGCACUGUACUAUUCUAAGGGAGUUUGCAAUGCUGACAAGAAUACAGAAGAGCUAUCUUUGUGCUACGCUAACCGUUCUGCGGCCCUCUUUUACCACGGCCUCUAUAAGGAAUGCCUUGAAGACAUCCGCCGUGCUUUGGAGGCAGGUUACCCAAGCCACCUGCAGGACAAACUCACCACUAGACAGACCGCAUGCCUGUAUCAGCUUGAAAAGCUUAAAAAAUCCAACACAAUGGCCAAAAACCUUCAAACACAGCUAAGCCAGAAAAGAAGAGAUUCUUCUACCUGCACUGCACAUGCUGUGUCUGUUUAUUUCAACCCAGAAAAAGGUCGCCACCUGUUGGCCACAGAGAAUAAAUUUGCUGGCGAAGUAGUACUUGAAGACAAGGCUUACGGUUGUGUACUUAUUCCAGUUAACAGACUCAAGACAGAGGCCAAAAAGGCAGGAAAAACAGCUUUUGAUACUGAAGCUCGACACUGUCACCACUGUCUAAGCCAAACACUGAGCUUUGUACCCUGUCCAAGCUGUAGUUAUUCUCGAUACUGUGGAGAGAUGUGUCAAAAAGAGGCUUGGGAGCACUGGCACCAAUGGGAGUGCCACGUUGGAGCAGAUCUCUUGGCCAUUGGGGUUUUAGGCCAUCUUGCUUUAAGGGUGGCUCUGAAAGCCGGGCAAAAUGAGGUCCAAAGGGCAAGGGAAAGUUCUUCUGGUAUGUCAGAUGCAGACCAUGUGGAUGGUAAAUCUGGUCCUUCUAAAGGGGUUUCACCAGUCCAUUUGACCCUUGGAGGCCAUUGUACCAAAAAUUCUGAUCAUACUGACUAUUACAAUGACGACUCAUAUAUGGGUAUCUACAGUCUUUUACCACAUGUGGCAGAACACUCGCCCAGUGCACGCUUCAUAUUGGCGGUCACCAUGGCAGCUCUUUAUAGGAGGCUGCAAUGUGGUCCUCCACCAGACAAAUGGGCAUCUUGCAAGGGUGAAGGAGCAAGUGGAAAUUGGCAGUGUGAGAUGAGCAUGCUUGGAGCCACAGCUCUGAGACACAUGAUGCAGCUCAGAUGCAACGCUCAAGCUGUUACUGCUAUCAGGGUCAAAGAAGAGAGAGAUGCAGCUGUUCAGUCCAGUCGGGAAAUCUGCAUUGCUACGGCUAUCUUUCCUGUCCUCAGUCUACUUAACCACUCCUGCUGUCCAAAUACAAGCAUUUCCUUCAACACAGGAUUUAAGACUGACGCUCUCUGUCAGUUCACUGGCUCUGAAGGUCAAUAUGACCAUCCGCUUAUCUGUCAAUGUGGUGUGACAGUCACUAUACGCACUUCUAAAGAUGUCACUGCAGGACAGGAGAUUCUGCACUGUUACGGCCCUCACUGUAGUAGAAUGGAGGUGAAGGAGCGCCAGCGCCUCCUACUGGAGCAGUACUUCUUUCACUGUAAAUGUGAAGCAUGUCAGAGAGAGCUGAAAGAAGGAAGCCAGAACACAGAAGUGAAUGCAGCACCAGGGCUGAAGUGUGUGAAAUGUGAAAACCCCCUUCAGUCGCAUAUGAAUUGGUAUGUGUGCUCUCAGCCAUCCUGUGGUUAUCAGAUCACUAUUGCUGAACUGCAGAAGAGUCUUCAAGGUUUACAGUGUCUGUUGGACCAAGCUUUUCAUCUCAUGGAGAGAGACAGACCAGAUGAAGCCAUAAGGAUCUUAAAAUCGGCUUCCUCUAAAGCAGACAGCAUCCUAGCAGAGACUCACCCCCUGCAAGGAGAAUUAGCAGAUGCAAAAGCCCGUGCAUAUGCCACCACAGGUAAAUGGAAUCAGGCUGCAUCCCAUUUGAAGCGCAGCAUUGUUGCGAUUCAGGCCCAAUUUGGAGAGGACAGUGUAGAAUUGGGACAGCAUCUUUUUAAAUUGGCACAGCUGCAUUUUAACGGCGGAGACUGUGGUUCUGCUCUCUCUGUGAUUCCCAGGGCCUGUAAGCUCAUCUCACUGCACUGUGGCCCUCACUGUGACGAGCUACAGGAACUACAGGAAAUGGAGCGCUGUCUAAAAGGACUGCUUUGAAAUAAAAGCUCAGCAGUGACAGAAUGCUGUUUUUAAUAAACACAUGAUGCUUGACUACAUUUAAAGCAUUUGUUUCAGAUUAA